CGGUCUCCCAAUUCGUUAAACGUGUGCGUAGUGUGCAGUAAGCAGUCGUUACUCGAACGUCGAGAACAGUGAGUGACUUGUUAAAAGUGCAAUAAAAACUCUGAUACGUUUCUAAUUCUAAUAACAUUGUCAAAAAAGAUUACUGAAUACUGAUUGUCCUUUUUAUUACAUUUUCGCCUAUAAUAUUUGCGAUUUAUUUAAAACAACGCAAUGUCUUCGAACGCUGACGAGUUAAAACUUGAUAUCGAGGAGUUGAAUCAAUUACUUAAACAAGCAACUCGACAAAGAAGCAAAAAUCUUAUCAGCCUUGAACUAAGAAGAUUACAACCAGGAUUAUCUAAAUUGAUCGAAGAAGACAAAAUAUCAUCUACAAAAUCAACCCAUGCAGUAUCAAACCCUCAAAAAUGUUAUGAAGUUAAACUUAAUAAUUACAGUUGGGAUCAGACAAAUACGACAGUAAAAUUAUAUAUUACAUUAAAAGACGUACAUCAGUUGCCUAAAGAAGCUGUGAUUUGUAACUUCACAGAGAAAACUUUGGAUCUUCGUGUUCUUGGAUUGGAUAAUAAAAACUAUAGUUUAAUAAUUAACAAUUUAUGUGAAGAGAUCGAUACAACUCAUAGCACUGUUAAAGUAAAGCCUGAUACAGUUGUUGUAUCUCUUGCGAAAAAACUUCCAAAAAAUUGGUCACAUAUAACAGAAGUAGAAAAGAGAAUCAAGCAAUCAAAGUCAUCAGUGGUUCCAGAUAUGAGUGAUGACAGUGAUCCUGGUGCAAAUUUAAUGAAUUUAAUAAAGAAAAUGUAUCAAGAAGGAGAUGACCAAAUGAAAAAGACAAUAGCCAAAACAUGGGCAGAAAAUCAAGAGAAAAAAGCAGCUGGAUUGCCUUAUUCUUGUUAAUUUUCAUUAAUGUUACAAGUUAUUGAUGUACAAAGUAAGUUUAGGCAUAAAAAUUCAAAGUAUACAUGUUUGUAUAUGUUUCUUUUAAAUAAUUAUUAAUUUUAUAAAGAAAAAUAUAAUUUUAAGCCUAUUACCUACAUUUUCUCUGAAAAUAAAGUAUCUUUAGUUAAAUAAAGUGUAUUAUGUUAAUUGUCUAAAACUUGUAUAUUUUAUUUUCUGCUGCCAUAAUUUAUUCAUGUUAUUAAUGUAUUUAGUGAUAAUAAAAUAAGACUUAUUUUAAGCAUGUAAUGAUUAUUUUUAUUCCAUGUUCAGAUUGUAUCAGUUGUUUCUUUAAUAUAUAUCAUUGAUGAUAAUCACUUACAAUAAACAGUAUAUAAAGGUUC